GCGAGGGUCAGACCCUCCGCAGCCAGGGAGAACUGACAGAGGGGGCUGCCGAGCGGUGGUGUCUGUGUCUGAGGGUCCGUCGCGCAGCCUCGGGGGCCAGGCCCGUGCUGUCCCAGGGCCCCCGCUUCUGUGCCCUCGCUGCCGCCGGCCGCGCCGCCAUGGACUUCUCCAGGUUCCUGGCCGACGACUUCGACGUGAAGGAGUGGAUUAACGCGGCCUUCCGGGCCGGCCCGCAGGAGGCCGCGGCGGGGAAGGCGGACGGCCACGCGGCCACGCUGGUGAUGAAGCUGCAGCUGUUCAUCCAGGAGGAAACGAGCCUCCAGGCCCUGCAGAACAUGCCCAAGGUGCUCCGGGAUGUGGAAGCCCUCAAACAGGAGGCGUCUUUUCUGAAAGAGCAAAUGAUCCUUGUCAAGGAGGAUAUCAAAAAGUUUGAGCAGGACACCUCACAGUCGAUGCAGGUGUUGGUUGAGAUCGACCAGGUCAAGUCCAGAAUGCAGCUCGCUGCGGAGUCUCUUCAGGAGGCGGACAAGUGGAGCACGCUGAGCGCCGACAUCGAGGAGACCUUCAAGACUCAAGACAUCGCUGUGAUUUCUGCCAAGCUCACUGGCAUGCAGAACAGCUUGGUGAUGCUCGUGGACACCCCGGACUACUCGGAGAAGUGCGUGCACUUGGAGGCGCUGAAGAACAGGCUGGAGGCCCUCGCCAGCCCGCAGAUUGUGGCCGCGUUCACCUCGCAGUCUGUAGAUCAGUCCAAAAUGUUUGUGAAGGUUUUUACUGAAAUUGACCGGAUGCCCCAGCUCCUGGCUUACUACUACAAAUGUCACAAGGUGCAGCUUUUAGCAGCCUGGCAGGAGCUGUGCCAGACCGACUUGCCCCUGGACCAGCAGCUCACCGGUCUCUACGACGCCUUGCUCGGCGCCUGGCACACACAGACCCAGUGGACUGCGCAGGUUUUCAGGAACCCCCAUGAAGUGGUGACCGUGCUGCUGAUUCAGACCCUGGGGGCUCUGGUGCCCUCCCUGCCCAUGUGCCUCAGCGCCAGCGUGGAGCGGGCAGGGCCGGAGCUGGAGCUCACCAAGCUGCUGGAGUUCUACGACACCACUGCCCACUUCGCCCGGGGGCUAGAGAUGGCCCUGCAUCCCCACCUCCGUGAGCACAAUGUGGUGAAAGUUGUGGAACUGGUGGAUGCUGUGUAUGGUCCCUACAAGCCCUACCAGCUGAAGUACGGUGACAUGGAGGAGAGAAAUCUGCUCAUCCAGCUCAGCGCCGUGCCGUUGGAGCACGGGGAAGUGAUCGACUGUGUGCAGGAGCUGAGCCACUCCGUGAGCAAGCUCUUUGGCCUGGCGUCUGCAGCUGUGGACAGAUGUGCCAGAUUCACCAGCGGCCUGGGGACGUGCGGCCUGCUGACAGCCCUGAAGUCUGUCUUUGCCAAGUAUGUGUCUGAUUUCACCAAUGCUCUCCAGUCAGUACGAAAGAAAUGCAAACUGGAUGAUAUUCCUCCCAACGCCCUUUUCCAAGAAGACUGGACGGCUUUUCAGAACUCCAUCAGGAUAAUAGCCACCUGUGGGGAGCUCCUGAGGCAGUGUGGAGACUUUGAACAGCAGCUCGCAAACAGGAUUUUGUCCACAGCUGGGAAGUACCUGUCUGACUCCUACAGCCCUCGCAGCCUGGCAGGCUUUCAGGAGAGCAUCUUGACAGACAAGAAGAGCACUGCCAGGAACCCGUGGCAGGAAUACAACUACCUGCAGAAAGAUAACCCUGCUGAAUAUGCCGGCUUAAUGGAAAUACUUUAUACCCUCAAGGAGAAAGGGUCCAGUAACCACAGCCUGCUGGCUGCUUCCCGGGCCGCCCUGACUCGCUUGAACCAGCAGGCUCACCAGCUGGCUUUCGACUCCGUCUUCCUGCGCAUCAAACAGCAGCUGCUGCUUGUUUCCAAGAUGGACAGCUGGAACACAGCCGGCAUCGGAGAGACCCUGACGGAAGAGCUGCCUGCCUUCAGCCUCACCCCGCUUGAGUACAUCAGCAACAUCGGGCAGUACAUCAUGUCCCUGCCCCUGAAUCUCGAGCCGUUCGUGACGCAGGAGGACUCUGCCUUAGAGCUGGCCUUGCACGCCGGGAAGCUGCCGUUUCCCCCGGAGCAAGGGGACGAGCUGCCUGAGCUGGACAACAUGGCCGACAGCUGGCUGGGCUCGAUUGCCAGAGCCACCAUGCAGACGUACUGCGACGUGAUCCUGCAGAUCCCGGAGCUGACCGCACACUCCAGCAAGCAGCUGGCCACGGAUAUCGACUAUCUGAUCAACGUGAUGGACGCCCUGGGCCUGCAGCCGUCCCGCACACUGCAGAGCAUCGUGACGCUCUUGAAGGCCAAGCCCGAGGACUACAGGCAGCUCAGCAAAGGCCUGCCGCGCCGCCUCGCCAGCACGGUGGCUGCCAUGCGGGGUGUGAACUACUGACCGAGCAGAGGCCAGGGCCGCUGUCCUGCCGCCGCGUGACUCCAGAGCGGACUCCAUCUCCACAGCCGCCAACGACUCAGCAGAGUUUGCUUGGAAAGACUUGGGUUUUUGUACAGUCAAAGCAAAGUUAUAAACAAGACGUAUAUUCUUAUCAGA